GCCCCGCCUCCCCGCGCGGCCCUGUGCGGGUCAGACAGGAACAAUAUGGCGCCGGGAGGAGUGUUAGCCGUCGGACCAGUCGUUGUCUGAAAGACUGGCGAUCCGGCAGGAUGAACGUCUGCGCCCAGUACCUCCGACAGGCAGAGGCCCUGAAGGCUGACAUGACAGACUCCAAGCUGGGGGCAGCGGAGGUGUGGACGUCCCGACAGGCCCUGCAGGACCUGUACCAGAAGAUGCUGGUGACGGACCUGGAGUACGCUCUGGACAAGAAGGUGGAGCAGGACCUGUGGAACCAUGCUUUUAAGAACCAGAUCACCACCCUGCAGAGCCAGGCCAAGAACCGGGCCAACCCCAACCGCAGCGAGGUCCAGGCCAACCUGUCGCUCUUCCUGGAGGCAGCCAGCGGCUUCUACACCCAGUUGCUGCAGGAGCUGUGCACCGUGUUCAACGUGGACCUGCACUGCCGCGUCAAGUCGUCCCAGCUCGGCAUCAUCAGCAAUAAGCAGAGCAGCAGCAGCGCCAUCGUCACCCCGCAGCCCAGCUCCUGCUCCUACAUCUGCCAGCACUGCCUCGUCCACCUGGGAGACAUCGCACGAUAUCGAAACCAGACGAGCCAGGCAGAGUCGUACUACCGACACGCAGCUCAGCUGGUCCCAUCCAACGGUCAGCCCUACAACCAGCUGGCCAUCCUGGCGUCCUCCAAAGGAGACCACCUCACCACCAUCUUCUACUACUGCCGCAGCAUCGCGGUCAAGUUCCCCUUCCCAGCAGCCUCCACCAACCUGCAGAAGGCGCUGUCCAAGGCUCUGGAGAGCCGGGACGAGGUGAAAACCAAGUGGAGCGUGUCGGAUUUCAUCAGAGCCUUCAUCAAGUUCCACGGUCACGUGUACCUGAGCAAGAGCCUGGACAAGCUGGACGCCCUGAGGGAGAGGCUGGAGGAGCAGUUCCAGAGGCUGAUCCUGCAGAAAGCCUUCAGCUCCCAGCAGCUGGUCCACAUCACGGUCAUCAACCUGUUCGAGCUGCACCACCUGAGAGACCUGACGGCCGACAGCAGCGUGCAGAGCUACAGCAGCGAGCAGCAGCUCAGCUGGUUCCAGCUGCUCGGCCUCUUCAUGUCGUUCCUGGGCGUGAUGUGCAGCCGCGCUCUGCUCAACAAGAACUGCGGGGAGGAGGUCAUGGGCGAGUGUCCGCUGCCGGCCAUCAAGGUCUCCCUGGACUGGCUCAAGCUGAGACCCAGCGUCUUCCACGAGGACGCCGUGGACAAGAGGCAGCACGUCUGGCCCUGGCUGGUGUCCAUUCUCAACAGCUUUCAGCAUAAAGAAGACGAUGCGGCGUCCUCGGUGAUUCCUCUGCCGGAGGAGUUCGAGCUCCAGGGUUUCUUGGCUCUGCGUCCUGCUCUCAGGUUGCUGGACUUCACUAAAGGACAUCAGGGGAUUCUGGUGGAGAGGGACGGACUCCCGGUUCACACCCGGCACCGGAGACUGGUCAGCCUGGGCAAGUGGGUGGCAGACAACCAGCCAGGGCUCCUGCAGUACAGGGUGAGCGAGGACGGCCUCCUCGUCUUCGUCACCGACAUUCCGGAGCAGGCCAUCGAGGAGCCGCAGGAGAAGGAGGCGCCGGUCCUGCAGGAGUCGUCCAUCGACGAGCAGACGUGCAACGACGGCGGCAACUCGGGCCUGAAGUCGGUGCUGUCCGCCGGGAAGACGCAGAGCUCGUGGCACGACGGCGGCGAGCGGCCCGUCGUCACCUUCAAGGAGAACAUCAAGCCUCGAGAGCAGAGCCGCGAGCCCGUCCGCAACCACCACCAGAAGGACAACGGCAAGGAGCGGCGCGACUUCUCCAAAGGCAACGGGAUCGUUGGGAAGGGCGACCUGAAGAGGGACGGCAAGAGGAAGAGCGAGCCCAAGAAGAUCGGCCUGGAGAAGACCGCCGACGCCGGCAAGCAGGUGCUGACGGUGAAAGCACAGACCGAGCUGCGGAAAACUCCCGUCUCAGAGACGAAGAAGACCCCGGCCACUCAGACUCAGACCACCUGCUCCUCCCAGUUCAUCCCCAUCCACCAUCCGGGAGCCUUCCCCCCUCUGCCCAGCAGACCCGGUUUCCCUCCCUCGGCCUACGUGAUCCCGCCCCCGGUGGCCUUCCCGGGGAUCCAGGUGAACCCGGGCUUCACCUUCUCCACAGGGGUGUCGGUCCCGGGGCCGUUCCUGCAGCCGGCCGUCCACACGCAGGCGGGCGCGCAGGUCCAGGCUGGGAAGCAGUCCCACAUUCCCUACAGUCAGCAGAGGCCCUCGGGGCCGGGGCCGGGCCAGGCGCCGGGGGCCUCGGGUCAGGGCCCCGGGUCCAUGAACCAGGGCUCCUCCCAGACCCAGCAGGCCCAGGUCCAGCCGCCCUCCCAGCAGGCGCUGCAGCAGUCGGUCCAGCUGCAGGUUCAGGCCAUGAGCCAGCAGCAGCAGUCGCCCACCAAGCCGGGCCAGCAGGGGGGGAUGGGGAAGAGCCCGCCCCACCACCCGGGGCUGCAGCAGUACAUGCAGGUGCAGGAGCAGCCUGCUCAGAUGUGGACGCAGGCCCAGGCCGCCCUGCAGAAGAUCUCCCCCCUGCAGAUGUCCCUGAAGCAGCCCCAGCAGCAGCAGCAGCAGCAGCAGCAGGCGGCCUUCUACAUGGCCGCCCAGGACCCCCUCAAGCUGUACGAGCACCAGCUGCCCGCGCAGCAGCAGCAGCUCUCCAACGCCGACAAGAAGAUGAAGUACCCGGACGUCAAGAUGUCCGACUUCUACUGGGAGCCGCCGUACAGGUUGGGGGACGGCCCGCCGCUGAUGGCUGACAGGAUGAAGCGGCCUCCGCCCGGCGCGCUCUGCUCGGAGCAGGAGGCUCCCGUCGGGCCGCGCGGACCCCCCUUUGAGGACAACAAGAGCUCGCCUCUUCUACCUCCUGACCUGUUAAAAACUCUAGCAGAUUUUGAGGAGGAGGAGGAGCUGGUCUUUACUAAGCCUCCUGAUUUCUUCCAGGCCCUGGCCGGCCCUCUUAGCACUGCUCCUGGACCAAAUAUUUAUUUGUCCAACCAGACCAGGAUGGAGAGCGGCCCCGAGGUCGGCAGCCAGUCCUCUUCUCUCCUGCCCAUGCCUGGCUUCCCCAUGCAGGAAUACAACAGCAUCUUCAGCCAGGCCUACGGCAAGAACCUUCCCCCGAGUUCCAAAGCCGACUCUCCCAUGGUGCACCAGGAGACGUCGCUGUACUCCCUGUUUCAGGGGACUCCGUGGUCCCCGUCCCUCCCCGCCAGCUCAGACCACUCCACCCCGGCCAGCCAGUCCCCCCACUCCUCCAACCCCAGCAGCCUGCCGUCCUCCCCGCCGACACACAACCACGGAGCCCUGCCCUUCUCCAACUUCGGGCCCAUCGGCACUCCGGACAGCCGGGACCGCCGAGUGGUGGAUCGCUGGAAGGCCGACAAGAGCGGAGCCGUCAGCGGGUUCGGUCUGGACUACCUGCCCGCUGCUCCCUCGUCCACAGCCUCCGACUCCAGCUGGCACCAGCCGGGAAACGCCGGCAGCUCCUGGACCAAUCAGGAGUCUCCGAUGGAGGAGUCCUCCACAGUGCUGCUCGACAGCCUCAAGUCCAUCUGGUCGAGCUCCAUGAUGCAGCCGGGCCCGUCGGCGCUGGAGCAGCUGCUGCUGCAGCAGAAGCAGAAGCAGCAGCGGGGCCACGGCGCCAUGAACCCGCCUCACUGAACGCGGCCCGAAGCGGCGCUUUGUGUCUGGACGUCGACGCACCACCACCAGGAGAAACCGGAGGGGGAACCACAACAACCAGAAGUUUGACGAAGAGGAGCUCCGACUAAAAUGGGAAACUUAAACCGGCGAGAAGACGGUGGAGGCUGGGGCGGCGACGCGACCCCCCGACGAGGCUGAAUCACAACCCCCCACCCCCUCGGCUGUCGAGGAGCGGUGACGCCCCUCCUGGAAUCGGAGGACGGGGGGAUCUCUUCAACCGCGGUGCUUAGCGCCACGCUGCCGCCGGGUUUCCUUCAACCCGCGGCCAUCUGAACAUUGAGGAACACAACCCCGCCCCCUCGCCACCACAGUGACCCCCCCACGCCCGCUUGAGGACUGACGCCACAUCACCACGACUCCUCUCUCAUCCGAACAACUCCUCCUUGUUCCGGAAAUCUAAUCUGAAGUCAAAAAAAGAAGAGCUCCAGCCCGGAGGCGCCUGCUCGGGUCUGAUGGAACGGAGCGCCGGUUUUUAGCGUCUCUGCCGCCUCGGACUGACGCUGAGGUCGCCGUGAGAGAGCGAGGACGAUGUGGUGAUCAGGUUCGGGGGGCGGCGAGGUGAAGCAAGGGGGGCAAAACAGCAGACUGGACUUUCUGAUCUCAGUUUGGGUUUCAGCUAUCUAAAUAUAUAAGUGACUAUAUAUUGCCAUAGUUGGACUUGAAACAGGCCUCGGCUCUUCGCUGGGUUGUUGGAGUUUUGUUGGAAGCCCCGCCUUUUAGUGGGAGGAGCCUGUUGGCCCAGAGAUGCCUUCAGGGCGUCGGGACGAAGGCGCGAGGCAGGAGGGAAGGGCGGCUGAGAACAAAAAAGAAGAAAUUAAAAAAACAAACCAACCAACCCUGUGGAUCGUAGGGUAGUAUUACUGUUAGCUUCAUGAGAUUUGCAGAUAUUAACUGAAAAAAGAAGAAAAAAAAGACCCACCCCGAGUGUAUUUUGUGAUUUGUUUGUAGCAGUUUUAGCUUCUCGCCCUCCGAGGCGAGCACAGGUAUGUCUAUUAGCUUCCUGCUUGGAUAUUUUUCGGGGUUCUCUUCCUCUUUGGCCUCUUCUUCCUCUUAUUUCUUUAAGGAAAAAAAAAAGAGCGAAUGAAAAGACGUUACCCCUGCUUGCUUCUCCCCUGCGUUCUGCGUUCCUUUCAGCUCAUGUUCGGCCUUUC